UCCGUCUCUUUGGAAACAAACACAGCGGCUCCUGGGUCAGAAAAGCGUUAGCAUGCCGGGUAGUUGGAGAGACAUGAAUGUAAAUUGUAUAUAUUUUUAAACACGUUUUGGACUUUACGGAAUGAUUCACGCUGGUUGUGAUCGCCUGAAAGGAGGCAAAAGCUGAGGAGCGGUGGCAAACUUGCUAACUGUAUUUACCUGUCGGGCCAAACUUCACAUCUGUGAGGAGCUACCUGCUGACCAUUGGGCAGGAACAUUUUGAUAAAGGAAACCAAUCGGAGCGGGACUGCGAUGGGUCUGGUGUCUGUGCUCUGACCGACCCCCCCCCCCCCCCUCUGAGGAUGGAUAAGGACACCCCGACCCUGAAGCCCAGGCGCAUUCAGAACCAGAACGUGGUCCAUCGUCUGGAGAGGCGACGGAUCUGUUCGGGCCGGCCUGGAGCCCACUGGUACCGAGUGCGCUGCUUCCACCAGAACCUGUUCCCCAACUUCACUGUGGUCAAUGUGGAGAAGCCUCCUUGUUUCCUCAGGAAGUUCUCACCGGACGGACGCUGCUUCAUCGCCUUCUCGUCGGACCAAACGUCUCUGGAGAUUUACGAAUACCAAGGCUGCCAGGCGGCUCAGGACCUGCUGAGAGGCCAGGAGGGGGAGACUCUUCUAACGGCCAACGACCAGCGCUCCAUCAACAUCCGGGGCCGCCUGUUCGACCGCUUCUUCUCUUUGCUUCAUGUCACCAACGUGGCCUCGAAUGGGGAGCACCUCAACCGGGAGUGCAGCCUCUUCACAGACGACUGCCGCUACGUGAUCGUGGGCUCGGCCGUGUACGUCCCAGAGGAGCCGCCGCCAUACUUCUUCGAGGACUACUCGCUGCACAUCAUCGACCUCCACACGGGCCGGCUGUGCGACACCAGGUCCUUCAAGUGCGACAAGAUCAUCCUGUCGCACAACCAGGGCCUGUACCUGUACAGGAACAUCCUGGCCGUGCUGUCGGUGCAGCAGCAGACCAUCCACGUCUUCCAGGUGACUCCCGACGGGACGUUUCUGGACGUGCGGACGAUCGGCCGCUUCUGCUACGAGGACGACCUGCUGACCCUGUCGGCCGUGUACGCGGAGGCCCAGGCGGAGAGCCAGCCCGGCUUCGCCCGCCUCUACACCGACAAGACCAUCAACUCCCUCAAGCACAGGCUGCUGGUCUACCUGUGGAGGAGGGCCGAGCAGGACGGCAGCGCCACGGCCAAGAGGAGGUUUUUCCAGUUCUUCGACCAGCUGAGAAAGCUGAGGAUGUGGAAGAUGCAGCUGCUGGAUGAGCAUCACCUCUUCAUUAAAUACACCAGCGAGGACGUGGUCACGCUGAGAGUCACCGACCCCUCGCAGACUCAAGAAGAAGUCCAGUUAAAUUGUCCAGCCUUUCAGGAUCCUCCAGACUCUUACGACCCCUUUGCUUCCCCGCAGCCGUCCUUCUUCGUGGUGUACAACAUGGUGUCCACCGAGGUCCUGGCCGUCUUCGAGAACACCUCCGACCAGCUGCUGGAGCUGUUCGAGAACUUCUGCGACCUGUUCAGGAACGCCACGCUGCACAGCCAGGCCGUCCAGUUCCCCUGCUCCGCCUCCUCCAACAACUACGCCCGGCAGGUCCAGAGGAGGUACGAGCGCCGGGGACCCGGCCUCCGCCAGGCAGAAGCCUUUAGCCCGCUGGCUGUCAGCCGGCCAGAAGCAUUCACUGGGGAAUGUGGACGUGAAGGCAGGAGAAGUUGUAGCCAGGUCCUAACGGCGAGCUCUGUGGCCCCCAGAUUCAAGGACACCAUCGUGAACGCUAAGUACGGCGGGCACACGGAGGCGGUGCGGCGGCUGCUGGGCCAGCUGCCCAUCAGCGCCCAGUCCUACAGCAGCAGCCCCUACCUGGACCUGUCCCUCUUCAGCUACGACGACAAGUGGGUGUCGGUCAUGGAGCGGCCCAAGACCUGCGGAGACCACCCCAUCAGGUUUUACGCCCGGGACUCGGGCCUGCUUAAGUUUAAGAUCCAGGCGGGGCUUCUGGGCCGGCCGGUGAACCACGCCGUGCGCCGCCUGGUGGCCUUCACCUUCCACCCCUUCGAGCCCUUCGCCAUCUCUGUGCAGCGCACCAACGCCGAGUACGUGGUCAACUUCCACAUGAGGCACGUCUGCGCCUGAGGGCCCCUCUGGCCGGAGCCCCUCGCCCCGGGGGGGGGGGGGGGGGGGGGGCCCCUCUGUCCCCCUCCCCCCCCCCCCUGCAGAACAAAGCGGGCUGGGCUGCUGUGAAUGGGGACCUGGUUCCUCUCAGAAGGAGCCAGUGGGGUUUUCUUCUCCCCGCUGAGCUCAUUCAUGUCGGGAAAGCGUCUCCAGUCCGUCCCCGACCAGCUUUGUGUUCCCCACGUCGGGGAGGGGGGGGGGAUCCGCUUUUAUAGUGCUUUUACUGUUUGUUUUUAAAGCCUGUACAUAGUCCAUCCCAAUAAAAUUGUCUACGUUUUGGCG